UCCCCACGACUGGAGCACUGCUCACACAGACACAGAAGAUACCGGGGGAGAUUCCUUCGAAAGUUACAUCUUUAGGCAAUCUAAGCUCAUCUCGAUAACUUAACUCAAAUUUACGUGUUUUGAAACUACUUUACUGAAAUCACCAUGGCUGAAAAAAGACAUAUUGAGGAGGACUUGAAGGCUUCCAACGGCGAUGCGCAUCCUGAGGAACCAAAUUCGGCUAAGACCAACGGGCUCUCGAAGCCUAAGACAAGUGACCCGGAGACAAUCGCUAAAAAAAUUAAAAGAAUCGCCAUGGCCAAUUUACUGGUAAUUUUGACCGUGGCCGGGGUAAUAAUUGGCGUAUUUAUCGGACUUGGGGUGCGUAACGCAUCACUUAACAAGGCACAGAUUAUAUAUUUCGGCUUCCCCGGUGAGCUCCUUAUCCGCCUGCUUAAAAUGAUCAUCAUCCCUUUGGUCGUGUGCAGUCUUGUAUCCGGAGCGGCCAGCAUUGAUCCAAAGGCACUGGGAAAAUUGGGCGGUUGGGCGAUGCUGUUCUUUUUAGUGACAACUUUAAUUGCAUCAUCCAUCGGGGUCAUAAUGGCCUUCAUCAUUCAACCCGGUGUCCUGUCCACAUCAAAACCACUGAUCUCGGGGGACAGCGAUGGGGUCCCACAGGCCAAAGAAGUGGUGGACUCCUUUUUGGACCUAAUAAGGAACGUUUUCCCCUCCAACCUGGUGUCCUCUGCAUUCCAGUCGUACUCCACCAGCUAUAAACUGGUGAAAGUGGAGAAGAACAUGACGGAUGGCAUGGGCAAUGAGACGAUAUUCUCCGUGGAGAAGGUCCCUUUUGGGAACGAUGUGGACGGGAUGAACAUCCUGGGCCUGGUGGUGUUCGCCAUCGUGUUCGGCGUGGCUCUGAGGAAGCUCGGGGAGGAGGGCGAGAUCCUCAUCAAGUUCUUCAACUCCUUCAAUGAGGCCACCAUGGUGCUGGUGAGCUGGAUCAUGUGGUACGCCCCCCUGGGCAUCAUGUUCCUGGUGGCGGCGAAGAUCGUGGAGAUGGAGAACGUGGCCACGCUGUUCGCCAGCCUGGGGAAGUACAUCGCCUGCUGCGUGAUUGGCCACGCCGUGCACGGCCUGCUGGUCCUGCCCUUCAUCUACUUCAUCAUCACGCGCAAGAACCCCUACACCUUCCUGAUGGGCCUGGUCACCGCCCUAGCCACCGCCUUCGGCACGUCCUCCAGCUCGGCCACUCUGCCCCUGAUGAUGAAGUGCGUGGAGGAGAACAACGGCGUCUCCAAGCACAUCAGCCGCUUCAUCCUGCCCAUCGGCGCCACCGUCAACAUGGACGGAGCAGCCCUCUUCCAGUGCGUGGCCGCCGUGUUCAUCGCCCAGCUCAACGACCACUCGCUCAACUUCAUCCAGGUCAUCACCAUCCUAGUGACAGCUACAGCGUCCAGUGUGGGAGCAGCAGGGAUCCCUGCAGGGGGCGUGCUCACUCUGGCCAUCAUCCUGGAGGCAGUGGGCCUGCCCACCAAUGACAUCUCUCUUAUCCUCGCUGUGGAUUGGCUUGUCGACCGCACCUGCACCAUCAUCAACGUGGAGGGCGAUGCCUUCGGGGCGGGGCUGCUGCAGUUCUUCGUCGACCGCACCGCCAAGAAGGAGGAGGGGACGGAGCUCAGCGAGGUCAAGACGGGCGACACCCCGCCCGCCGAGGAGGGCUCACCACUGAUGCCCAAGACCAGGAAGGAGCUGGAGGACGGGGACGCCCUGGCAAAGCCUCGGCGCAGUGACGAGGAGUCGAUCAUGUAGGGGGCGAGGAGGAUCGCCACAUCAUGAAAACUCCCGCUCCUGUGCUCUCGGCUCUGUCUGUAUGGACACUUAUACUGGGGAGGUGGGGGGUUUGGAAGUAUGGAAGGAGGCCGGGGAAUAAGAUCUACUGUUCUAUUUUUUUAAGUAUCAAUAUUUAUUAGUUGCCAGUACGGAAUCUCUCUACACCUCUACUUCAAGGUACUUUUGUUCCUUUUAAAGAUAUGGACCUCGUCUUUAGUCAUUCUCUGUCCGGUCUCUCAGACUUUAAAUCUCACCAAAGAGACAAGGUCUGGCACCUUGCGGGAAAAUUCUCCACCAAAGUAUUUCUUGCGUUAUCAUCUAGCUGUAUCAGCUACUUCUAUACACCUAACAAUAGUCCAGAGCAAUCUCAGAGGUUCAACCCACUUGAGUUACGUCCUCACACGGUGAGGGACUGUUGAGGCAGAAUAUGCCAUUGUUGACUUUGGUUUUCUUCGCAAAUUCAUUUGCCCUGGGCUCUUUGGAGGUGUAGCACCAAGUUUCUGGUAAUUAACUGACAUUCAGCUGUGUCCACAAACGACACAACACGAACGACGCAAACAAAAAAAACACGUUAAAGAUAGCUGGAAGAUGGGCGGGGAAUAAGAUCUACUGUUCUAUUUUUUCAAUAUCAAUAUUUAUUAGUUCUGAGUAACAUGGUACGAAAAAAAGGAUAGAAAAAAAAAACACAAGUUGGAGAUAGCUGGCCAGCUCAUGUUCUGCAGGACGUUUUUGCAGAAGCCAUCCCACCGUGUUGGGAAACUACUUUCACAAACCCUUGUGUCUCCUACAUGAUCCCAAUAUGAAAUCCAUCCACUACAGCAAAGAAAACCACUAUCUACAGUCUACAUGGCUGAGAGGUCCUAGCAACGCAUAUUGUUCUGACAUCACUAGCCUUUGGGUUUGGUUACCGUAGGUACACUUGUCAAAAUGCAGCUGUAAAGUAGCGUGUGUAUCGGUUUCUGUAGCAUUUCUGUGUUGGGUUUUAAACACGGUUCUGGCGCCCGCUCUUCUCCCGGCCUGAGUGGGCCAGUCGGGCAGUGCUCUUGAACUGUGACGCGUGACUUGAGAACGGAGAGUGAAAUGGCAGGGCCACUAGAGACGACAAGCUAGCUCAUUGGAUGAGAUGCUGACCAAUCAGUUGACUGUUACAGAGAUGACCAGAUGACCUUGAGGUGAAAGUGCACGCGUACCUCUGAGCUCUGAUUUCUGGCUGAAAGCCAUAUAUGGAGGAUUAGGAUCAUUUUUUUCCGUUAGUUAGUACCUUACCAAUUUAGUGGUCUUACCAAUGUUAGCCUGGAUCACACAGGCAAGACCAGACCUUCAGACUAUCGGUCCUAUAUGAAUUUGAAUUUAUGCUGUAUUUUGUCAGUAAUGUUGUGCUACGUGGUUAUUGUAAACGUGCAUGGCGUGUGCAAAAAUGAAAGCAUAUUGACUUCUUGAAAAUGCUAGGGCGGGGAUAAUCAAAUCACGAGCCUCCAGGGCUGAGAACUGCUGCCUUUCCACCCUCCCUUCUUUACCUGGGUGUGAAGUCAGGAGCACUCAUUGUGAAGUUAAUUUUCUCAGAGAAGAGAAAAUCAGGGCCAGAUUUGAUAAUGCCUGCUCAUGGUUUCAGAGGAAGAGGGCAUUAAGAUGGAGGCAAACGCUUGCACAAGUCUUGCAUAGGCAUAAAUUGAAGGGCCUGAACUAUUCCCACGUGAGAAUGAUUCAUUUAGAAGAUAAUCUUGCUCAAAUCAUAUAUUACUGUUUUACCUGAUAGUCUUGGUGGCUGUUUGAUGAUUGUUUUAGGCUGCCUUAUGUCAUUGUAGCUAAUCAAGCCACCAUGCUACACCCAGUCCUUAAACUAGCUGGCAUUCUGUUGUGUCGAGGAUGUAGCCCUCAUCACAUGACCUGGGACAUGGCCUCUCGUGACCUUUGCAGGGGAUACGUGCUGCCCUUUCUUGUCCCGUUGCCAUUGGUUACCUUCAGGUAUGUCACCUGACACAAUGGAAUGGUCGGCACACCAGCCAGCAAGUCCCUACAAGGAUAUUUUUUUCAUAAAGCUUCUUUCAAAUUCAGCUAUAACUGACUGUGUUGUGCUUACUGUGCUUUUUAUAUUGGCCAGUGUAUUUGUCUAAUGCUUUGCUGCUCAGAUAACCCUCUGCUUGUGCUGUCUGACCUCGCUGUGCGUGUGUGCGUGUGUGCCACAUGAUGUGGGGAUAUGCUCUUAUGUUCUGUGAGUGCGUUAUUAUGCACAGGGUACGUGUCCGGGCCCGUUCUAAAGACGCGGGCCCGUUUUACACUUGAACAUGGCGGGGAUCUCAUAUUUCAGCUGAAGCUCUGACAUUCCCUUUACUGACCUUGUGCCAUCUGCAAGAGGGAGGAGCAUCUGGUAGCAUAUCUGUUACUCUGUGUGUGUGUGUGUGUGUGUGUGUGUGUGUGUGUGUGUGUGUGUGUGUGUGCGUGUGUGUGCGUGCGUGCGUGUGUAUAUAUGCGUGCUCAAGUGUAUUCAUCUUUAUGAUUUAAAGCCCUGCUGAAUCAACAUCAUUAUCAUUUCACUUUUAUGCUUUCCAAAGACCCGGAUCCUUGGUGGUUGGCAGCCGCUAGUGUCUACAGGCUAGAUACAAUAAUGUUUACAAAAAAAUCUGAAGUUUGUAACUCUGCUCUACUGAACACUAACGGUUUUCAUUUAUUUUCUUUGAAACCAUUGUCAGGCGCGCAUGUCCGUAACAACCAUGUGUGCUGUGUAGAACUGAAAGUUUCUCUAACGUGCGUCGAACCCGUUAUUCCUGUUCAUUUGACGACACGUCUGCAAACCUCUGCUGUAGCUCCCUUCUCCCGAAGGAGUGUUGUUGCCGUGACAACGCGAGAACGUCACAACCGGGGCCCAAUGCGCAACUGUAUGCUGGCUGUAGAAUAAAAACCUUUUUAUUGUA